AUGGACCUUCAGACUCUUUUAUCAGCGUUCGAAAAUGUAAGGACUUAUAUCGUUUUGUACUAUAUUUUAAGUUCUGUAAUUAAUCUUUAUUAAUUUUGUUUUAUCCUUUUCUUUUCAGAACGCUACGAAUUAUAAAUCAACUUUGCAACAGCUCCAGCGUGCUGCAGAUGAUGUUACGUCUGGUAAGCUUAUAUAUUAAUAUAGAUUAUGUCUUUGGUUUAAAUAAUUUUUUUGAUUAGAUGUAUGUUUUUAAGUUCUAAGAGUAUUUUAUUUUUUAGUAUAUAGUCUGUCUAGCACGGACUUGGGGUCUUCCAAAUCGUCGAGAGAUGUGACAGUAAAUCAGGACAUAUUGGCACGUUAUUCCGAAUGUAAGUUUAAUAUACAUCUUUUAGUUAUUUUUUAGUGGUAGUACAACUUGGCGCUAUAUCAAAGACGGAGGUGGAAGGUUUUAGAACUGAUAUCGAUGUCAACUGCGAGGAACUUACUUUAGAGAAGGAACGGUAUGUUUUCGUGGUAUGAUAUAUAUGUUUAUUGUUGUUUUUAUACCAAAUGAGGUGUUUAUGAAAAUUGGCUUGGGAAAUCUGGUAUCAUUGAGUGUUUACGCCAAAUUAUAGAGAUGAAGGUGCUAUAUAAAUCUUUUUUAAACAAAAAACGGCAUCGUUUUGCUGAAAAUUAUAGUUAUUUUGGCUAAAGAAAUAAUAAUGUUACCUAAACCUGAAGAUUCUUUUAUAAGCUUGUAUGAGUAUUGGUUUUUAACUAGCAACGAAAAAUACGCAUAAUCUCAAUUAUUUUUUUGGUGUUAAUCUUUACAUAUUGUGACAGUUUUGUAACAAGUUAUAACAGCGCUGAUAAGAGUUGUUUUCGCUCGCUCGACUGAUAGUUGGCCUUUUCAAGUUUUUUUAUUUUAAAAUUUUACACAAAUGUCAUGUUUCAGGCUGGACCGGGAGAUGUACAAGAUGGACGCUUUAAAGCAAACUCUCACAUGA